AAAAAAAAAAAAAAGAAAAAAAAACACAAGUAGCCAUGGAGGCGAUAGCCAAGCACGAUUUCACCGCGACUGCCGAGGACGAGCUGAGUUUCCGGAGAUCUCAAGUGUUGAAGAUCCUCAACAUGGAGGAUGACAUGAACUGGUACCGAGCCGAGCUCGACUCCCGGGAGGGACUCAUCCCCAGCAACUACAUCGAAAUGAAGAGCCACGAUUGGUACUACGGCAGAAUAACCCGAGCGGACGCCGAGAAGCUUCUUUCGAACAAACACGAGGGUGCCUUCCUCAUCAGGAUCAGCGAAAGUUCCCCCGGCGAUUUUUCCCUGUCCGUCAAGUGCUCGGACGGCGUGCAGCACUUCAAAGUCCUUCGGGACGCCCAGGGAAAGUUCUUCCUGUGGGUGGUCAAGUUCAGUAGUCUCAACGAGCUCGUCGAGUACCACAGGACGGCUUCGGUGUCCCGCUCCCAGGACGUCAAACUACGCGAUAUGGUGGCCGAGGAGUGUUUGGUCCAGGCCCUGUACGACUUCAAGCCACAGGAGCAGGGUGAGCUCGAAUUCAGGCGAGGCGACGUCAUCACCGUGACGGAACGCACGGACCAGCACUGGUGGCACGGUGAAAUCGGUCCCAGGAAGGGACUGUUUCCCUCGACCUACGUCACCCCCUAUCACUCCUAGAUCUCGAGCGAAAGGCGUCACGGUGGGCCGCUCGCCAUGAUUCAGAGAACGAGACUCGCCGACGGUCUUGAAGAUGGCUGGUUGGCCGAGUCAUUUGAAAUUACAGGAGCUUCGUGAAAAUCAUGAAAAAAAUGAGGAAAAAAAAAAAAAAAGAAAAUUAUAAAAAUCGUAUAGCUUCUCGCAGCUUCGUCUUCAAAGGCUCGCUCGUCUAAUUUUAAAGGAAAAAGAAAAAGAAAUAUUAAACGGCCUAUACCGAGUUUGAGAAUUGAUUUGGAAAUCAAAUGGAUGUACUGCGUUGGACUCUUCGAAAACGAGUGCGGCUCGAUCAGCCACUUUGGAAAAAUCGACAAAGUCUUUUUAGAUUUUUUGUGAUACGAGCGUGAUACUGUACUCACCGUGUGGAUGUUUUUUUUUUAUUUUCUCCCAAUCGUACGGUGCUUUCUAUGUAUAUUUUAUCGUGUACGGAUCGAGCCGCACUUGGGCCAUUUUUUUCUUCACACGUCGUCGUUAACAUUCACAAACAGACACACGCAUACCCGGAAAUGACAAACGGCGCUUUGGAACGCUUAUGCUGAUGUCUAUGCUUCUGGCGUGGUAUGCGUGUACACCAAUUGAGAGAAAUGUUGGACCGGAGUGGGCAAGUUCGUUGUAAAUGUGGUAUCCCGUACGAUUAUUGGGAAAACUUGUGCGCGCCGCACGUUACAAAACGUUGGCUUUUGUAUACGACGGCAGAGGAAAUUUAUUUGCCUCUUCUGCUGGAAACUUGAUGACGACCGAGCAUCGAUUGAACAAUUUUUUGGUUAUGCUUAUUAUUGUAGAAUACCUUUUAUUUCUGUGUAGAGAGAGUUAUGUCUAAGAGACUUUCCAAGUAUUAAGCAGCUGGUGUUUUUUAGUAGUAUUAGAAUGUAAGUACGCCGACUAAUUAUGUUGAUCAGUCAUUUGUGAACUUGUAUUGAAAUUGUAAAACACUCGCAGCAUAAACAAUAACAAUGGAAUCAUCCAAACUGAUUGAUUGAUUUUGUACAAGAAUGCAAGUCACUUUGGACAAACAAACAUGUUAAUGGACACGGAUAAAAUAAAUCACAAUGUAUUUACGAGAUACCGGUAAUUUUAUAUUGGUAUAAAACGUGCGUGAAUGAGUUGUACAAUCGAUGCUAUGAUUAAUUAAGACAAGAGGGAGUGUAUACGUGUGAAACUCCUCUGGGCGAUGAAGGAAGGAAAUAAUGAAGAUGUUGCUUUUUUUGUGGAGAGUCGAGAAAAUACUUUAUAUGCUGGAGCGUUAGGAUGUAUUUUUUAAGGAUGAAAAUAAGUAACGAUUAUUACAUAUGUAUAAGAACACGUGGGCUGGCAUAUUAGCCUGUUGGAAAUAAAAAAAAAAAAAAAAAAA